AUGGUGCAACAGAAGAGAGGUCGCGUUGGCGAAGCCAAGCGGGAAGGCUGCCAGCCGCCGGCCGCGGGCGAGAGGGCGCGGCUCCGCCGGGAGACCCCUGGUGAGCCGGGCUGGUGCAAGACCCCCAGCGGUCACAUCAAGCGGCCCAUGAACGCUUUCAUGGUGUGGUCGCAGCAUGAGAGGCGCAAAAUCAUGGACCAGUGGCCCGAUAUGCACAACGCCGAGAUCUCCAAGAGGUUGGGCCGCCGCUGGCAGCUGCUGCAGGACUCCGAGAAGAUCCCGUUCGUACGCGAGGCUGAGCGGCUGCGUCUCAAGCACAUGGCUGACUACCCGGACUACAAGUACCGGCCCCGUAAGAAGGGCAAGGGGGCGCCCAGCAAGGCGCGGCCCCGCCUCCCCAGCAAGACUAAGCCAUCGCUUUUGGGCCGCGGGGGUGGGGGGCGCAGGAAGGCGGCCGGGGAGUCUGGGGAGCAGCGCAGGGGAGGCCCGACCCUAGGGGAGGAGGUAGAAGCCGAGGACGAAGAGGAGGAAGAGGAGGAACUGUUGGAAGUGCGGCUGGUGGAGACUCCCGGGCGGGAGCUGUGGCGGAUGGUCCCAGCGGGGAGGGCUGGGGGGAGACCGGGGGAGCGGGCAGGGGGGCCGCGCCCGGAGCCGCAGUCAGAGGAAGUGGGGGGCACCCCCGAGACUUCGAGAUCCUUGCAGCGCGGAGUGACCGCCACCUCGCCGAUUGACUCCCCGGCGCCCUCUUCCCUGGUCCCUUCGGAUGAAGAGCGCGAGGAAGAAGAGGAAGGGAGGGAGGAAGAGGAGGAGGAGGAAGAGGAGGAAGAGCCGGAGAAGGAGCCUCUUGGGUUCCUGCCCCGGCAAAUCCCAGGUGCCAUAGGCCCUGGCCUAGACUGCACCGCCCUCGACAGGGACCCGGACCAGUUGCCUCCUGUAGGGACCUCGCACUUCGAGUUCCCGGACUACUGCACCCCCGAGGUGACCGAGAUGAUCGCUGGGGACUGGCUUAUGUCCAGCAUCGCGGACUUGGUCUUCACCUACUGAGCCAGGCACUCACUAGGUGACUCAGACUCCACAAAUCAGGUCGCACUCAAAAACCAGCUGUUUACAUACAGGAAUCAGGUAUUUUUGGCCUUCAGCCCCAUCAAAGGCAAAGGCUUCCGCUGUCACCCCAUCCCCGACUCAGACGCCCCCAGCCAUGCCUACACACUCAGCCUACCCUUCAACCCAUCCCCUAUGGACACACCCCACUUUCCAUGACUUGCACCCAGAC